AUGAAAAGAAAUGAAUCGAAUGUCCUAGUUGGAAACACCAAAGAUCCACAUAAUAUUGUUGCGUCCAAUAAUGCUAAUCUUAGAGCAAGUUCUUAAGAAAAAAAUUAACCUACAUCUGAUUCAAAAGCAUAAUCUAAGACAAGAGAUUUCGUUUUGGAUUGUACGAAAGCCACUAAGCCAAAGUUACCUCAAUACAAUGGGUUGUUUGACAAACAUCUUGUAGGUUUCUUUGAAAGAGCUUAGCAUAGGAAGAAUUUGUAUCUGAAUGGAAUGAUAGACAAAGAGGGAAAAAUUGUGAUUCCUGCUAAAUCGAAUUUGAAUCGCUUUUAGAAGUCCUCAGAUAGACUGGCUUAGGCUUUUAACUACUAGUCUCAUUAAAACAUUAAGGUUGAUUCUUUUUAAGAAAGACCUGCUACUUCAUAUAAAUAAUAAAAUGCUUCUGAACUUAAUAAGAAAUCAUUAGCUUAACCAUCUACCUCAAGAAAAGAAUCCAGAAAGCCAGCCUAACUUGUUUACUUUUCUUCUAAUUCAAUAAUGCCUUCAGAUUAUCUAACAAAUAAGCAUUCCAAAAACAGAGGCAUGCUGCCUCAUUUGAAGUAGUCCACAUCAAAUAAGUCUAUCUUGAAAAACAGCGAGAGUAGUGCAGGCGCUCUUUCAAAUAUCUAGGUUAUAGAGUCAACUAAUUCAAGUGAUCAUCCUAAUCCAUUGUUCAGAAACAGCGCUGUCAAAAGUAAAUCACCUAUAAGAUUUGAAGAUGAUAAGGAUUCUAAAUAAGAUAAUAGCAAUAGAAAGAGAUAUCUUGGAUCAGCAUUAAAGGAAGAGUCAAAUCAAAGUCUUAAUAAAUCCAAUCACGAUCGAAUGAUACUCGCAUCUGGUAGUGCAAAAAAGAGUAAAACUAAGGAUCCUCAAUCACAAUAGGAUUAUGACAGUGUCUAUUUCUCUAAGAAUAAUGAUAGAAUCAUUAAAAUGCUUGAGAGAAGAGAAAAUAAAGUCUAGAAUUUCUAGAUUAAAAAAGUAUAAGGAAGUAAAAGAAAUAUCAAUUCCAAGAGAGAGUCCUUUAACCCCAAUCACCUGAAGAUAAUUGAAAGUUAAAAUUAAAAUUUGGAUAACUAAGAAAACUAGUCAAGUAACAUUAAGCAAACUUCUCCAAAGAUCAACAGAACCAAAUCAGCUUAAGAUUUAAAGCCUAUGACUAAAGAAGAUUUUAAGAAUUUUCUAGAUAUGUUUAAGUCUAAGAUAGCUGGGACAUCAUCUGUAGUAAAUCCAUCAGAAGACUCUUCACAUAUCAAUAUAACUAUUGAGUAAAAUAGGAAGAUUAGAUUCAAAGAAUGA